CAACCGUGACGUCACCAACCUCCCGUGAUUCCGCGCGCGCUCCUCCUCAGUGCCGACUCAACAUGGCGAGCCAGGGGUCAGUGACCGUCACUCGGAGGUUUUUCAAUGUGUUCCGCAAUUGGUACUACAAUUCGGCUGGCUUCAACAAGUAUGGGCUCAUGUACGAGGACACGCUGUAUGAAGAUGACGUCGUCAAGGAGGCAAUCCGGCGGCUGCCCGAGAACCUGUACAACGAGCGUGUGUUCCGCAUGAAGCGUGCCCUCGACCUCUCGGUCAAGCACCAGAUCCUUCCCAAGGACCAGUGGACAAAGAUUGAAAAUGAAAAGGCUUACCUCUCCCCAUACAUCCAGGAGAUUGAACGGGAGCUCAAGGAGAAGCAUCUGUGGGAAAAAAAAUGAGGGAGGCGGAUGCAGCAUGUGGGCAGCCAACUUCGCUGGCUAUCUGCCUUAGAGUUUCUGUUUUUCCCUUCAUCGAUCAUCUGCCCCUUCAUCGCUCGCUAUUCUCUUCUCCCCCCUUGUCACAGCUGUACAUGCAUUUUCCUGAGGUUGUACCUGACCUCCCUGUAAUGACUUGUCGGUAAAAUAAAGUAUGAUUCUACAAUUAAAA